UUUAUUACUUUAACAAUUUCUAUAAACAUAAUUUUUUUUUCUUUAAUAGUUGAGUAAUACUAUGAUGGAAACUCAAAAGGGUUUAUAUAAUCUCCUUAAAUCUUAUGCGUCUUCUGAUGUCUGCUUCAAAUUGCUAUAUAUAUUCAUCUUUCAUUACUACUAACCGCAUCAGCUAUUGUCUUCAUCUAUUUUGUAACAAGAUUGAUCGGCAGCCAUGGGUGAUGCAAAGGAGGGAACGAGUGAAAUGAUGUCUACAAAACAGAGCACUAAGAUUGUGAUUAACGAAAAAACAACAAAUGAAAUUGUGUCUGAUAAAGAGACCAAAGAGAUCGUGUUGUCUGAGAAUACAACAAUUGAUGAAGAGAUCUUGUCUGCGAAGAAAACACAGGAAAAUGUGUGUGAAAAAGAAACAAAUGAGACUCUGCUUGAGCAGACGGCCAAGGAAACAGGGUCCCAGAAAAAGCCUGUAGUUGUAUUUGUUUUAGGUGGUCCUGGAGGGGGAAAGACCACUCAGUGUGCCAAGGCAGCCAAAGAAUUUGGGUUUACCCAUCUCAGCAGCGGAGAACUUCUUCGCCAGAGAAUUAAAAGUGACCCAGAAAAUGGACCUGUAAUUGAAGCCGAGAUGAAGGAGGGAGAGAGCGUUGCUCCAGACAUAACAAUGGAGGAACUUAAGAAAGCUAUGGCAAAAAGUGAAAAUAAUAAAUUUAUUCUGGAUGGUUUUCCUUUUGAUGAGGAGACUCGAGCUACUUUUGAAGCUGCUACCAACAUACAACCAGAACUUGUGCUCUUCUUUGAUUGUUCUGAGGAAGAAAGGGAGAGAAGAAUUUUAAGCAGGAAACAGCAGGGAAGGCCAGAUGACAAUCCUGAGACUGUAAGGAAGCGAUUUAAAAAAUUUCAGAAGAAUACUCUUCCUGUGGUUGAGCAUUAUAGAGCAAGAGGCAUAGUUUUGCAGGUUGAUGCUGGAAAGCUAGAGGAGGAAGUGUUUAAGACUCUUAAAAGCAUUCUUGAACCCUCAACAAAGAUGCAAGCUGAAGAUGAAGCACCAACCAUUGAAGAACUUGAAAAGGAAAUAUCAGAAUUGUUAUUAUAAAAUAAAAUAGUAUUGUGUCAAUUUUCUAAGAAACAAUGAAGUGAUUAUAUUAUCACUCAUUUGGUUGAAUCUGAUUUGUCAUUAACUAUUUAACUAUAAAUAUGAGAGUAUUAUGUGCUUUUUUUACUUUUCAA